AUGGUAAGCAAAGCAGUUGCCUCAUUAGCAUCUAUCAUGCUUGUAGUUGGCAUCGUCAUUGGUGUUGCUGUAGUGAAUCGCAAUGGAAGUUCCAAUAAUGGCGUUAAUGCGUCUGUCUCCAUCAAGGCUGUCACUAGCAUUUGCGCACCUACUGAUUUCAAGGACGCUUGCAUGAAUAGCCUCAACAAUGUCGCCAAGAAUGAAAGUGCUACCUUAAAGGACUACAUCGUGGCCGCUAUUCAGGCCACCAUUGAAGAAGCUGUGAAAUCAUUGAAAGUUGUAGAGUCUGUCAAAGUAGAUGCUUCCAAGGACCCUCGACAACACAUGGCAGUUGAGGAUUGCAAAGAAUUAUUGCAAUAUGCCAAUGACGACCUUCAAGACUCAUUCUCAAUGGUAAGUCAUAGCGACUUAUACACUAUCAAAGAUCGUGUGUUUGAAAUUUUGAACUGGUUCACUGUUGUGGUCUUGUACCAACAAACCUGCCUUGACCAACUUGAAAUGCCCGAAUAUAAGACUCCAAUAGAAAAUGGUUUAGGCAACACAACUCAGCUCAUUAGCAAUGCCAUCAAUAUCGUUGCCAGUAUUUGCGACAUUCUUCAAGCCUUCAACAUCCAAAUUGAGGAUAUCAAUAAGGCCUAUUCUAGCUUCAACUCUGGCUCUAGCUCUGGCACGCGUCGACUUCUUGAAGUAACUAAGGUUGGGCACGAUAGGUAUCCCACUUGGUUUCAUGAUGGGGAUCGCAAGCUUCUCAAUUUACACAAUGGAGACAAGGGAAAGGAAACAACACCUAAUGCGAUUGUUGCUAAAGACGGGAGCGGGCAGUACAAGACAAUUUCUAGUGUUGUUGCAGCAAUCCCAAAAAAGCGCCAAGGUAGAUGGAUCAUCAAUGUCAAGGUCGGGGUCUAUAAAGAGGUUGUCAUUAUACCAAAAUAUCAAAUGGACAUAUUUAUGUAUGGAGAUGGGCCGAAGAGGACUAUUGUUACUACAUCCAAAAUUUAUGCCAAUAACAUCACAACUAAGGGCACAACCACCUUCAAUAAGUUCAUCCAUCCAUAUUAUUAUAUGUAUACACAGACACACUAA